AUGGCAGCGAUCGAAAUAUUUUCAAGUUCUGUCACUUACAAGUAUAAGAGUAUCUGGAUGAAAAAUCGGAUGCAUGCAGAAAUGCCUGAUGUACACUUCAUAUAUAAAUACCUAUUACUUGCGGAGGUAGAUUCUCUUGAAGAGCCUAUCGUGUGUUCCACUUUUACGACAUACAAGGAGAAUGAUAUUAAAGAUCAUUGUACAAUAAUCAAGGUACGAGAGAACGAUCUAAACAAUGAUGGACAGAAAGAUUCAUUAAGAUUUGAAGCUCAGUUUUACACGGACAAGCCAGUGAAAUCUCUACGACUUUUGCUGUUCUUCAAUUUUCAAUUAAAGCAUCUUAUCCAAGCGACGAUAGAAUCUAUAGGCGUGUUUAAUCAAAUAUUAAACCAUGAGGUUCAGGAGAUAAGAUUUUUCGGCGAUCUGGAGCUACGGCAAAAAGGACUUUUGCGUAGUGAGGGCCUCUACGAAACAUACAACCACAGCAUAGAAUUAUCCGAUUAUUCUCUACCCGAAUUGCUAUUGUAUAGUUUUAACCGAAAGUGUACAAUCACGAACGAGCGGGUAACGUGGAGAACAGGCUUCUCUAAUGACGAACCUGUAGUCGUCUUUGGCGAAUUGUUUUACGUGGAGAAUUUUAUUUACUAUCAGCCGAGCGUGUGGGAAGAAUUGAAAUGGGUGUGGAUCCAAUAUCUAUCGUGCCUACUUGUGUUCGCAUAUGUGGCUAAACAUAUCCUGGUAUUUCUAUUCACCAAUAGAUACCUGAACACAUAUAUUGUAAGACCAUGGCGAGACCUUGUAAAAAAACGACACGAUACUUUCACCAUGUCUACGAAAUCCAAGGAAAAAGUGGUAGCUGCCAUCCGGAAGCUCUUUCGGUCUUCUGAUAAGAUAGCUCAGCCGGAGGGAGCCAGUAGCUCAACCAAUUCGCCGUCGAGGAGACUCCUAAAUCGUCACCACCGUCCAGAUGCCGUUACUCCAAUGGAUGGACCGAUACUGGAGAAUCCAGAUUCCACUCACACUAAUCGUAGUUGUUUCUUCAAGGCAAAGAAGUCCGCAAAGGACAACAACGAUUGCAAAGCUGUCUAUGACAAGGACAUCGGUUUGCGUCGACUAAUGAAAGAGUUUAACAGGAUCCAAAGAACACAAUGCGGCGAUUCUACUUUCACCGUGGAGCUUGUCAAUGAUAACGUCUUUGAGUGGUUUGUUCGACUGCAUAAAAUUGAUCCAGACAGCAAGCUAGCAGCCGAUAUGCGUGAAUUAAAGAUACCUCACAUAUUGCUGCAUGUAAUUUUUCCAAAGGAGUUUCCAUUUGCGCCACCUUUUAUGAGGGUAAUUUCACCGAGAAUCGAUCAGGGCUUUGUGAUGCACGGCGGUGCUAUCUGCAUGGAACUCCUUACACCGAGAGGAUGGUGCUGCGCGUAUAGCGUUGAGUCGAUGAUCAUGCAAUUUGCAGCCAGUGUUGUGAAGGGGCAGGCACAAGUGGCAAGAGUAUCAAAACCGAAUAAGGAGUACAAUCGACAAUUGGCCGAGGAGACAUUUAAGAAUCUGGUGAGAACACACGAGAAGUAUGGCUGGGUGACGCCACCGCUCGCUGAAGGUUGAUUGCAGAAUAUUUCAUCGUAGAAAAUUGAAAGAGUUCUGUGUUUUUUGCUUGAGAAGAGGCGCACAAAUCGAUAUGAUUUUUUUCCUAAUUUUCUGGAGACGCCGGCAAUAAUUUUUUUGUUGCAUUAGGAAAGUCAAAGUGUAAUUUUGUUGCUUAAUUGCAGCAAGAAGAAUGCACAAGUAGAUAUAACCAGAAAGAGUACAGAGUUUGAACACAGCACGCGUGGAAGUUUUUUUUAGUCAUUUUUC